AUGGCUUCUCAGAGUCACCUGCCCUACAGCCAGCGUGCUCAAAGACACCCGCAUCCUCUUGUCCGGCGACUGUUUGAGAUAGCCGAACGGAAAAAGACCAACAUUGUGCUGUCGGCAGACCUGACUACGACCGAGGAACUCUUGGCCAUUGCUGACAGUCUGGGCCCCCAUAUUGCUGUUCUCAAAACGCAUAUCGACAUUGUCUCAGACUUCGGCCCUGCUACAGUUGAAGGACUGGCCCGAUUGGCGCAACGUCACGACUUUCUUCUGUUUGAGGACAGAAAGUUUGUUGACAUUGGCAACACCGUCCAGAAGCAAUAUAGAGGGGGAGCACUGCGGAUUCACGAAUGGGCCCAUAUCGUCAACGCUACGAUGCUUCCUGGCGAGGGGAUCAUUCAGGCCCUGGACCAAUCCAUCCGUGAUGGUGGGAUACGUGAACGAGGCAUUCUAAUUCUGGCCGAAAUGACCUCAAAGGGGUCACUGGCAGUGGGCGAGUACACUCGAAUAUCGGUCGAGAUUGCAAGAAAAUACCCCCAAAGUGUCCUAGGCUUCGUGUCAACGAGGGAGUUAUCCAGCCACUGCGCCGGCGCCACGCGUUAUGAAGAUUUCGUAGUGUUCACCACGGGUGUCAACAUGUCCAGUAAAGGAGAUGCGCUAGGUCAGCAAUAUCAAACACCUACAACAGCAAUGGAGGGGGGGUCAGAUUUUCUUAUCGCCGGUAGAGGGAUCUAUGCUGCGACUGAUCCGGUGAGUGCAGUCAAAGAGUAUCAGCAGGCGGGCUGGGAGGCAUAUGAGCGUCGCGUAGGCUCAGCCAGUGGGUAA